AUUCUAACGUCAGUCAGCGUACGUCAAACUGUCAACUGUCAUUCAGUUUGACAUUAGUAAUGUUGAAAAAUAUUCUUGAAAUAUUCAAAUUAAACUGCCGAAUUCCGAAAACGGAAAAAGUAAAAAGUCAAAAAAUUUUUGAAGUGAACUAAAAAAUACAGGUUGUGCUUUAAAUUAUAAAAAUACAAAUAGAGGUAAGUUAAUUUUGCAUUUGCAAUGAGGCAUAAAAAGAUAUAAUGUCUUCAAGGUUUAAAUUUAAUUUAUUUAUGUGUACUUAUUUUUCUAGUUUAGAAAUGGAGAGACUGCGCGCCAGUCAGGAGCAAUUUUCUGCUCUUAUAGAAUUCAUGGAAAGGUACUAUUAAAAAAAUACAGUUUUGAUUCCAAACUUGCUUCAAUAUUUUUAUAAUAAACAAUGAAAUCAUUAAUACCAAGUGCUUCAUUGGUGUGUGUUACCCAUAGGUAUGGUGACCUCUCGCGACCACAGCGGGGACCUCAGGGUCGACUAAAAGCCGACCAAAUGUGGGCAAGGCUCACAUUAUUACUUAAUUCAGUUGGUGGUGGGGUUCACAAAUCACAAGAGAAGUGGAAGAAAGUCUGGGCAGAUUGGAAGACUAAAACAAAAAAAAAAGAAAAUGUUGAUUUCCAACCACACAAAUGGUACUGGUGGUGGUCCAAGCAGCAGGCUGUCUCUAACAGUUUUGGAAGACCGAGUCUGUGCCAUACUGGGAGAGACUGCUGUUCUUGGUCAAGCUGGCAUACAAGAGCAUGGCUUUAAUGCGCCACCAGUACCAAGGGAAGAACCCAUUCCUGAAGAUGUGGAAAUUGAAAUUCCUGUAGGCUUAGAGAAUUUUAAUUAUAAUACAAGUGUUCCAACAUUGCCAGCAUCACCGCUACUGCUAGACCCACAGCCCUCACCACCACCACCACCAGUACGUCCGCCGCCCCCUCUACCGCGUUCUCCUCCGCGUCCCACUGGUCGACGGUCAUCGGCGUCACCGCGAUCUGCGACUGCCUCGCCGCGACAUGGGAUGCAGAGAGCUCGCAGGAAUCGCGGCUUAACGCCAUUUGACCGGGCCGCUACAGAAUUUGUGGCGGUUGAACAACGACGCCUUGCACUGGAGGAGACGCGAGAGAAGCUUUCCCAUGAGCGAGAAAGGGAAAGGGAAAAGCUUCUCCAUGAACGUGAGAGGGAGCGUGAGGAACUUUUCCACCAAAGAGAAAUGGAGCGACUGCGGCUGGAGUCGCUAAAGGUUGAGGCAAAUCGCGAGCAAACUAGGGUGAUGCAGCAAAUAGCUGUUAUCGGGCAAAGGUUGCUCGAGAUAUUGCCUCAAGGGCCCGCAUCUUAAUUUUUUUUUUCAUAGAGUUUUAAGUGUAUUAUUUAGUGCCUUUCUUUUUAUUUUUUUUAAGUGCUUGUUUUAGAUUUUAAUA